CUGAUGCGAAGGUCUAGCCCGAGGACAUGGAUGACACUGCUGCCGCCCGCCCUACCACCUUCGAGUACGGGGGUGGCAGCUCCAGUUUCCCGGGGCAGGAUUACUUCACCUCCCAGUUCGAGCAGCUGCGUCUCCAGAACCAGCAGAUCCUCGACCAUCAGAUGCAGUUCCAGCAGCAGUACGCGGCUCACCAGGGCGAGAACCACCAGAGGAUGGCUGGUUACGAUGAGAGAUUGGACCAGCUCCAAACCCAGCAAGGAGUGACUCUCGCACACAUCGAGCGAGAGAGGCGCCGUUCACGGCGCAUGCAGGAGGUCUAGCAGCAUUUACUCCAGCUGCUACCGGGCGAGCAGCCAGUUUGGAGGACUCCCUGGGAGGACUCUCCACUUCCACCUCCCCCAGCGGAUGGUGAUGAUGGUGCUGAUGGUGGUGACGCCUUCAUGAACGACAUCGUCUUCGAUUUGGAUAACCUCGGCGACGAGUAGGCUGUACUCGUUGCCCAUCUCAGUGUGUUUUGUUUUUCCUUUUAGACUUUUGUGUGUUUGCUCCAUUUGUGAGGAGCUUGAACUUAGUGUCGUUUGUUUUUGUUUUUGUUUGUUUCUUUUGUGGAUUGUUUUUGCUGUAGCCGUCUGGGCUAACACUUAUCCCUAACGCACAGUGUGCUAGUGUGUUCUUGGUGUUCGAUUCGUGCAGAACUGUCCAUCUUCCCGUUUGUUUCUCGCUGACUGGUCCACUUCCAGUCCCCCAGCAGUUUCAAUCCGGUAACAUCGUUCCCCUUCUCUAUUCCUCUGCUCCAUUGAGGGCAAUGUCGUGCUUAAGUGUGUGGGGGGUGCUUUGUAUCGGUUGGAGUGUAUAUAUGUGUGCUUGGAGCCUAGUCCACUGUCUAAAUCUCGAGAUUAUAUAUGUCUAUAUCUACUGCUGUUUGAUCAUAUUGGCACUGUGUUUUGAUUGAUGAAUUGAAUGGUUUUCGGAUUGGUGCAUGACAGCUUGAUUGUGACUAGGACAACCUAUGAUGAGGGCUAAGACGUGCAGUAGAGUUGUGUAGGGGUUCAGUUUUUCAACUGUUUGCUUACCAACUGUGACUUGGAUUGAUUACUUGUUCUUGACAGUCUCUUAUGCAUCUAGUUCAGGGUAUCAGAAUGUGAGAUAGAGCAUAUAGGUAGCCAUGUGAGAUUUGAGCCUGCUCGUUUUUUUUCUUGUGCGAUAGAUCCCUCUUCCAUGAUGUGUAGCAUUCACGUUGUCACUAGCUAAGAUGAUGGGGGCAUAGGAUUAGCCCACGACCAAAUUUGACUGUCCUGAUAUGUCAUAUCCCCUAGUCAGCCCUUUUGAGCCGUGUGUUAUCCUUACUUUUGGUCUGAAAUGAAAAAAAUCACCCUGUUUGCAUCUUUUAGAAGGUUCCACAGAGUGGGUUUUACAUAUUCUCUGCUGUUUCUGCUAAAUUUGAUGUGAGUGUUGGAGCUAGUGCUUAAAAGUUGAGCUGGGCAGGUAUUUGAAAUAUAUGCAGAAGUGGUGGCUCUCUUAAGAAAUGAAAAGAAAAUGA